GGACUAAGAAAGUUGAGAGACCGUGCGGAGAACGUUGUUUUUUUAAUAAGUAAUCCGAGUAGUCAGUAGCCUCAGCUCCCUGGGUAGAGAGCGCCUUCAUUUCGGUGGCCAGGACACUGCUGCGCGCAACGCACUCUUCAGCGAUACAGCCAAGUCAGUAUACACAGCGAAAAGGAGCGAUCCUGCGAUUCCCGAGUCCCAGUUCUCGAAGUGUACUACAUUAGUACCACACCACCCCGGGAAAGCCACGGCAAACACCCACCCACAGGACCGCAAGGCACGCGCUGUGUUUAGUGUGAGUGUUGUUUAGUGUGUGCAGAAGGUGAUGAACGGUGCGUGAAACACCCGGACCCCGGAGGACAUAGAAUAUGAGUCGCAGUGGUCGGCGGAGUAGCUGAGUAACAGAGCACGUACACAGCAGCAGCCAGCCACACGCACCUUUUUCCGGGACAGAAGACGGACGCGAGGACACAGCACAGAACACGGAGGAGGACACACAGCAUGAGCGAACAGCGGCGGUGAAGAAGUCAUCUCACGCAACAUCCCUCCCGUUGAGUAGUAGUGUGUCCGUGUCUUCUACCUACCACCACCACCACCACCCCCCCACUACAAGUGAUAAUCAAGUGCUGUGAAAUUACAAAUAAUACAUUUUAAUCGAUAAGAGAGCGGCGGCACCACCCUGUCUAAUCCAAGAAGGAGGAAAGAGCAGCCAGCAGCAGCACCGGCAGCUAAGGGUGUAAGGACAAGCCACAAAAGAGCAAAGCUGAAAAGUUCAAAUCGUCAUUUCGUCACCGGGUCGUGUCGUCGUCCCUUUUCACGCACAGUAGCAGCAGCUCCAUCACGACGGGAACAUCGUGUGUGAGUGCGCGUGUCACAAAGUGCGUGAGUUCCGGAGCAAAAAUCGAGGUGCCAGACGACGCGCGUGUGUUUCGAACGAUCUCUCUCUCGCAGUUAAGUGUUUUGCACGCACGCACGGCGGAGCGUGCGUUUUAUUGCUAGUUUUUGCGUAUUACUCUAGUUCGCCGCCCGCGGCGAUCGAUUUAUGAGUGCGAAUUUGGCCGCAAUUGACGAACUGGUCGAAGAGUUUCUGAAAAUGGAACUCAUCUCCGUGCCGCCGUAUCCGGGCCAGCUGGGUUAUCUAGGAUCGACAAAAGUCAACGAUUUCCGUACACCGUUGAUGCCAAUCCCGGCCAACAGUAACAAAAAUUCUAAUCAAAGCCAACGCCAUCAGCUUCAGCUGCAGCACCAGCAGCAGCUGCAGCAGGAACAGCAGGAACAGCUCCUGCUACUGCAGCAGCGGCAAAGCCAGGUGUUGCUGCAGCAGCAACAGCACCAACAGCAACAGCUGCAGCAACAGCAGCAACAGCAGCAGCCGCAGCAGCGCAGUCAUCUUCAUCAUCACCACCACCACAGCAGCCAUCAUCACCAUAGCAACAACAACAGUAGCGACAACGGUAGCAACAACAACUCGUCGUCCUACCACCAUUCGCACCAUCACCACCACUACCACCAGCAGCAGCAACAACAGCAGCAGCAGCAGCGGGAGGAGGAGGCCAGCAGCGAGAACCAGUAUCCGCUGGAGCCGGCGACGAUAGCGCUGACCGCGUCCCCGCACGAGGAUGCGCUGCAGAAGCUGACCCAGCGGCUGGAGUGCGAGCUGCGAAGCGCCAAGCAGCAGCACCUGGCCUGCACCGAGGUCCUGCUGCCGAAGGAUCUGCUGCACCGGAUAUCGUCCCAGAUGUUUGACCUGUCGGAGAAGGAACCGUGCGGCAUCCGGGGCUGCACCAUCUACAUCGAGUUCGAGGACGAACCCGACAACACUCGGCGGAUUGCAACCAUGAAAACCGACAACACCGUAUCGACGUUCGAGCUGUACCUUACGCUCAAACAGGACCGACGGGGAUGGACCUCGAUGUUGCCACAAUUUUUGAAAAAUCUGGCACGUGGCAGUACAAUAAUUAUUAGUCAGGAGUUUGUGCUGACAAAGAACAAGCUCUACCAUGCCUACUCCGACUAAGUCGGAGGAAGCGGAGCACUACAACAACUACAAAACCGAUAUCAACUUCUCUCCUUUCGAUAUCAACACCCCCUAAGACCCCCGACCUCUCCCCGAAAUCCAUUAUUUCCAUUCUUUCUCUCCGAUGGACCCGACAAGGCGACCCGAAAAAGGAGGAUGUGCCGUUCGUCGUCGUCGUCAGCAACACACAACGUGUCGGCGGCGAUGGCGAUGCGACGGGAUGCGUCCGCUUUGCGCGUCGUCGGCGGCCAUCAAAAAAAUGUCAACGCUCAUCAGGCGAGUGUGUUUCUCACCACCCAUCGCACCACCGCACGGCCAGCGCCACAGACAGCCCACCACGCGCCGCGCGCAGUGAAGUAGCCGGGGAAGGAAGCGGCGCGAAGGCGCAUUUUCCCGACAAGAAGAAGUUAGUGCGCUCUGUGUACAAACGUAGAGAAGGAGAAGACAGGAGCGGAGCGGUGGGGAACUGUUGUGUAAUUGUAACUGUGAUUGUUUCUUCGAUAAUUUUGUGCGCAAAAUUUCCACGCAACCAAUACACCGAUCGACCGGCCGACCGACACCACGAACGUUUGGAAGUGUGAGAAUCAGUGAAUUUUCCCGCAACAACAACGACCAAAGGCGCAGAAGAAGAGCGCCAAAAGGGCAAAAGUGUGUCGUGUGUGUCGUUUUCUUUGUGUGUGCCACAACCAUUCGGGAAUCUCGUGUGGAUAUACGCCCCGGAGAUCAUCGGCCCCGGCGGAGAUCAUCGGUCAUCGGAGAUCACGACCACCACACGUGUUUUGGUUGUGUGGCCGGGCAGCAGCAACAACAACAGCAGCAACCCGCCGCCGCAGCCCAGCAACAGUUCCCCCCGGAUUUCUCUGAGCGUUCUCAGAGGUGUGCCAUCGCGAGCGGGGGGGCGCGCGAAUUCGGCGAGGAGGACGUCACCGGGAGCCCGCCGACGCAGCGUGUCACAACACCACCCCCCGGGGUCCGCCCUGCCCCGCCGCACCCCGUCGUCGUCACCUGUGCGCCAGCCAGUGGGUGCGCGUGAUAUGGUUGCGUGCGUGUGCGUGCAUGAGUGAGUGUGCGUUUAGAAGCAAGGUAGGAAAAAGCGAACCGUCUUUUUUCACUCUUGUCCUACAAAAAAGUAAAACAAAACAAAAAAAGAAGGUAAAACAAACAAAUUAUUAUAUUAACGCGCGGUGUGUAACAAUGGGAAGAAGACAGGAAGACGAGAGAGAGAGAGAGAGAGAGUAUGAUGUGACGAGAUGAAACAAACAAAAUCAUACAAAAAACAAAAUUUUUUGCAAACCACAACACAACACUACUUUUUAAGUAUUUUAUAAAUAUUUAAAAGAACAAAAAACUCGGCAAAAAAAAGGAACGCGGGGGGCGCGAA